AUGGCACAUGGGAACCAUGAACAUGGUGAUGAGAUAUUUUUAGGCCUCCUGCUUUGUGCCAAGACAAAGGUUGCCAAAGUUCGACUUGCAUCUUAUUUUGCUGAAGGUGCUAUAAAUGCUGCAAAGAAAAGGGAUAAAUCAGAGUUCAGUGAAGAGCGAAAAAUUUCAAAAUUUUAUCGAGCCUUAGUGACUGGCAUACUUGAUGAUGAUGAGGUUGUGGUUACGCAACCCAUAGGGUUAGUUCAUUAUCCUGGAGUUGCAGAGGGACUUUAUGCGGCAUGUUCCUCAGGAAAGCCAGCAAUGAGCAAAGUAUGUGUUCUUGAGAGACUUGCACACCAAAAUCACACACUGGUCCAGGUUAUGAGAGACCUUUGCAACCUGUUCCUGGAGACUGCGGGUAUCACCUACAUGCACAUUGGCUGGUUCUUUGCCACCCAACAACCAAUAAGGUGA